CAAAACUUAGGCAAUGGAAGUAAAACCAGAAAUCGAUUAUUCCAACAAGUUUGACGAAUUAAAAAAGGAUCUAGGUGCCGUUAGCACUGUAGAUAUUGACAGUUCCUUGGAAAAGCUUCUAAUCUUUGAAAAACAAGUGCGUCAAGCUUCGGACGCAAUCACUAAUACUAAAGUAUUAUGUUUCAUUGCGGAUCUUUUAUACCAUGCUCGCGAUUUCCAUGGCCUGAAUGAGCAGCUGGUAAACCUGUCUAAAAAGCAUGGCCAGCUAAAGCAGUCAAUGACGAGUCUUGUUCAACAUGUAAUGAAUUAUUUGCCCACUAUUGAAGACCUAAAGAUUAAAAUAGACUUGAUUGAGACUUUACGAACAAUCACAGAUGGAAAAAUUUAUGUAGAAGUCGAAAGAGCUCGUCUCACUCAGCUUUUGUCACAGAUCAAAGAAGAGCAUGGUGAUAUCAAGGCUGCGCAGGAAAUUUUAUGUAAUGAACCCGUCGAAACAUACGGCUCUCUAGACCAGAAAGAAAAGGUUGGUUUUAUACUCGACCAAGUGCGACUGUUCCUAUUACGUUCUGAUUAUUAUAUGGCAUCUACUUUCACUAAAAAGAUCAACAUAAAAUUUUUCGAAAAAGAAGAAGUUCAAUCACUGAAACUCAAAUACUAUGAACAAAAAAUUCGUAUUGGGUUGCACGACGAUGCUUAUCUUGAUGUUUGCAAAUACUACCGUGCCGUCUAUGAUACUGCUGUUGUUCAAGAGGACCCAGAAAAAUGGAAGGAGAUUUUAGAGAACGUCGUCUGUUUUGUCUUAUUGAGCCCCUAUGACAACGAGCAAGCCGACUUGCUUCAUCGUAUUAACGCCGAUCAUAAACUGAAUUCUCUUCCUUUGCUUCAACAAUUGGUGAAGUGUUUUACAGUUAAUGAAUUAAUGCGUUGGCCUAAAAUCUCCGAAAUUUACGGUUCUGUUUUGAGAAACACUCCUGUUUUCGCCGAAAAUGACGAAAAGGGCGAGAAACGCUGGUCUGAAUUGCGCAAGCGUGUUAUUGAACACAAUAUACGUACAAUUGCCAAAUACUACGCUUGUAUCGAAUGUGAUCGUUUAGGUGUUCUUUUGGACAUGAGUCCCGAGGAAACCGAAUUAUUUUUGUCUGAUCUCAUCACCAAACAUCAAUUUUAUGCUCGUAUUGAUCGUCCUGCCCAAGUAAUCACGUUUAAGAAACCUAAGAAUGUUCAUGAGCAACUUAACGAAUGGGGUUCCAAUAUUUCUGCUCUCCUUCAAAAACUAGAGAAGACUAGGCAGUUGAUCUUAAAAGAGGAAAUGAUGCAUUCGAUACAGCAGGCUGUUGCCAAAUAAGCGUUUAAACAGAAAAGACGAAAUGAAGUUUGGCUCGUGCCUUUAUGUAUAAUGACAAAAUUUCCAUAAUUGUUUAACGUGCGUAGAAUGAUUUCAAUAAAAUAUUGUUGGAUAUCAACUUUGAUGUUAACGAUAGUAUUAUUGUAAUUAUUUAUUUCUGACAUUAUCUAAAGAGCUUGUUAAUUUGG